AUGGACAAUUCCAUGCCAACCAAUCGUUUCCUGGAACAAAUCUAUACAUCGCUGACGCAAGAGCUGGCCUUCCACGGCUUAAAUACACAUGGAAUGUUGACAAAUAUGAAGCCACAGCGCAUCGAUCAAAUCGUGGAAUUCGAAAUGAAACGCAUUCAGGAGAACUGCAAACGAAAAGAAGUGCAAUAUGUCGAACAAAUGUUGAUGGAAAAUCCAAUUGCCAUUGGAAGGCGGACAACAACGAGUAGGAUAUUACGGAGGCAAUGUGACACCUUAUUAUCCCCGGAAAAAGAACAACAACAGCAGCAGCAACAACGAAGAUGGGCAAGGGCAUUUCGCCGUUCUCGUUACAAUAAUAAAAUCAAAAAGGCCAAAUCAAAAUAUCGCCACAAAUACAUAUCACAGCGUCUGCUGCAGAACACACAACUGUUGAGCUGCAUCAAGGAUUUGAUUGCUCAAACGGAAGGACAUUUAUUUGCCCAAGGCUGGAGAAAAGAUAAAAUUCAUCAAAUGCGUGAUAAUUAUGGCAUGGAUUUGAAUUCGAAGGACGGGUAG